GUUCUGGGCAUUUACUACAUGGAUGUAAUGCUCGAUAUCGAAGGUCCAACAAAGAGGCACCAAAUCGAGGUCCUUCAUGUCAGAUGGAUGGCGCCCUUGACCGACCACCAUUCAGGGAUAAACUACGCUCGACUUCCAAAGCUCGCGUUUGUCGAAGAUUCUGAUCGCGAUGUGUUUGGCUUUCUUGAUCCUAGCCAGGUCAUCAGGAGCGCGUAUUUGAUUCCCGUGUUUGCUUCUCACCGCGGAACGACCUCUCUUCGCCACGGAAAGUCAUUUGCACGACAAUGCGGUGAAUUGGAAUACUGGGAAGCAUAUUACGUUGGCAUAUUCAUCGACUGGGACAUGUUUAUGUGUUAUACGCACUAUGGUAUCGGA